CGCUGGCGUCCGGCUGGGGGAGAGGGCUGGGGGACAAGGGGGACACUUGCAACCGAGCUGUAGAAACACUACUGCGGCAAGAGGGGGAAGAAAGCCCCUACGAAAGAGGCGUAAGAAAAUACAUGACUCUUGUAACUGUAGUAACCUAGAACUCAAUAAUGCUGCUGAAAGAAGGCGUGUUUAGAAGCUUUGGCUAAGAAUGAACUAUUCUGGUUAAACUAACAUGAUGUUUCCAAAUGUGUGAGAGGUUGCUCAGAAUAGACUGGAUGUUUCUUAACCCUGAAGAAACCUUGUCUAGGGUCUGCUGAGCUCUGAGGGUAUUGCACAGUUAUUCACGGUGUUUUGCUGUGGAAGUCAGAGGAGCGAAUCACACAGAACUUGAAUUCCUUUUUUGGUUCCUGGGCAAUUCCAGGAGCACCUCGAGGCACAGGCUCUGCAGGAGGAAGCACUGACUGGGGAGCCAUAUGUCAAGGCUUGUUCGCAUGCUCCUCACUUGGUAACACACAAAUGGCAGUCAUUCUUGAGGGCUGGAGGGUGUGAUGUUGGGUGAAUAGCAAUCUGCCUGCCAGGAAUUAGUUUUAGGUGUGUCGUUCCGGGUAGCAGCUGGUAGCUAUACGUUUUUUUCCUUCUCAUAGGAUUUCUACUGGUUCUCAAGGCAUUGCCUGUCUCCAUCUGACAUCUGGCUCUAAUGAAGCUUUUCCUGCUCAGGGGUAUCAUGGGGCCAAGUUCAGUAGCUGUGGACUGUGAAGGCCACCUCUGUUUGCAGUUUGGUGUUACCACAGAGCUGUUUGGUCAUACUAAAAAGACGCAGCUUCCUGUCUGCUUGUUCUUAGAUCUCUGUGACAAUAUUUGUGCCUGUCUUACCCUGCAGCAGAGCAAAACCAGUUCCAGGAGCUAAACAAGUAUGAAAAUCAAGUCCUGCAGCAGAAUGGGCUUUUUGGUGCUUUUGCUUUCAGGGCUGGUCAUUGCAGCUCAGAAGACCAUCAAGGAAGAGCCUGAGGAGGAAGGGAGCUGGGCCAUUUGCAUUUGCAACAAUCAGUCAUGGCCUUGGUUUUAUUGUGUCAUCAGUGGGUACUUUGGCACAAGGUACUUAUGAGUAAUUCUACUUCCAUCUUACUUUCGUUGCAUUUGUUUGGUCAUUGGUUAUAGAAAGAAGCCACUAUCUGCCAGCUGCAGUUACCAUAUAAAACCAUAGAGAUGUGCCUUUCCCAUAGAUAGGGAGACCAGGUGAGCAGUGAAUAGGGGCUGGAUAUGUCUUGCUGUCAGCACUGUUGUGGGUUGGAUCAAGUUCCAGUAUGUGAAGGCAGGAGAGACUGGGGACACCCCUCUUGUCUUUACUGGCAGUUCCACAGUAAAGCAACAUAGCUGUACUACCAUUUAGCUCCAUAAGUGCUGCGAUUCCCAUGCUUGUUAAAAGCUUGGGAUGUGUCUUCUGGCUUUGAGAUCCCUUUCUUUGCUCUCAUCUGGGAUAGCUUGUUUUUGUUUUUUUUUUUUUUUCACAGGCACUCCUGACCAAACAAACACUUAAAACAUGUCACAUUGCUGAGUCUUUCAGAUACCAGAACAAAUUCAUGGAUCUUAUUUUGGAUGGUGCUUUCAGUAGGAAAUGGGAUGAUAUAUUACCAACUCACUUCUUUGUUUAUAACUCACAUCUUUGCUUGUCUCUACUGGCUUUUACAAUUAUCUUAAACUGGGUCCGGGAUCUCUUCCCAACAGUUUAAACGAGGUCUGGUGGAACUUCAGAUUAUGGCACUAUGAACCAACUGCUCCUCUGCAAGCAAAGGAUUAAGUACAAUCAUGUUAGCAUCUAGAAUUUUCUGUUAAAAAGGAAAGUGUUCAUACUCAAUGUUUUUGUGUAAGUGCACAAAGCCUCCCAUCUGUGCAAUACGGAUGGGUUAGUAUCUCCCAGUCUUUAGUAUGUUCAGCCUUGCAGUAGCUCUGUCAGAUAGGAAAGCACUUCUAUAUUCACACAAGGAAGGUAGUGUUAGAGACAGAAAAACAACCCCUGAGAUCUUUGAAGAAAUUCAGAUGUCAACUGCCUUAUGAUUUCAAGUCAGAGGUGAGAAUUUAUGCUUCAGUUUUAAGUGACCUGUUCCUUGGCCUGUAAGAAAUCUGUUUCAGAGCAGCAAAAUAAACAGAAAACCCCUGAAUCCACGUGUAGCCUGCUGUUGGACCAUCUUUCCUCUCCAGUAUGGCUCUGGGUUUUAAAGUCCAAGAAGGAAAAGUAUAACCCAGAUUAGAGGAAGGGGAAAUUGAUACAUAUUUGCCUUUUAGGCUUCAAGUGCUUAAUCGUUAGUACGAUCUGAUAGAGUGUAUCUCUUCCAUUGUGAAUGCUGCUGGGUGCCCAGACCCAUAGGACUCACCUCCCUGUAGAGGAAGACGGCAUCUUCAGUGCCUUCUCUCUGUUUUGCAAGAGCUGCUGUGAAGUCCUUGCAUGAGCUUGUAGGCGGUAGCAAUACUGGUGAUUAACAGGAUUUGCUCACUUCCUGACGAGGCGUACUUCUGGUUUUCUGUGCUCUCGCAGUCUCCUCAUAUGUGCACGUCCUUCCAAAGAGCUGCUCCUUUUCUAGCCAUGUGCCAGUAUUUGCCUGAGCUGUGAGGGUUAAAAUAGUGUUUAGACUUAAACUUUAUACAGUUUCCAACCCUGUUAUACAAUGAGUGUGUGUGGCUUUCUACAAAUAUGCAGUAAUAGAAAACUACUAUUUGAAAGCUGUUGGUGGCAAAGAGCUGUAUUAGUUUGCUAGCUGAUUUACUGCUAGCAUCUGUCCCUUUUGUCUGUCUUUUCCAGCAGCUUUCCAGAGCCGAAUUCUGCCGCCUCCUGCUUUAAGUAUAAAUGAAGGGUCUAUGUGGUCUGUUUCUUGAAAGUUAUAAGCUGUCAGGUACAAAACUGGCUCCUUUCAGUUAAAGAAGACCCAAAUGCUAAGCUCUGCUAAAAGCUCCGCCCCAUGCAACGCUACAGGCUUGGGGAAGAGCGGCUGGGAAGCUGCCUGGCAGAAAAGGACCUGAGGGUGCUGGCUGACAGCCCAGCCGGCUGUGUGCCCAGGUGGCCAACAACAUCCUGGCUUGUAUCAGAAAUGGUGUGGGCAGCAGGACUAGGGGAGUGAUUGUCCCCCUGCGCUCAGCACUGGUGAGGCCACAUCUUGAAAGAUGUGAGGCACUGGAGCAUGUCCAGAGAGGGGCAACGGAGCUGGUGAAGGGUCUGGAGCACAAGUCUUGUGAGGCGCAGCCGAGGGAACUGGGGGUGUUUAGUCUGGAGAGGAGGAGGCUCAGGGGAGGCCUCACCUUACUGCCUCUACAGCUCCCUGAAAGGAGGCUGUAGCGAGGUGGGUGUCAGGCUCUUCUCCCAAGGAACAAGCCAUAGGAUGAUGGGAAACAGCCUCAAGUUGCUCCAUUGGAGGUUUGGUUUAGAUAUUAUGAAAAUUUUCUUCAGCGAAAGGGUUGUCAGGCAUUGGAACAGGCUGGCCAGGGAAGUGGUUGAGUCACCAUCCCUGGAGGUAUUUAAGAGGCCUGUAGAUGUGGCACGUAGGGACAUGGUUUAGUGGUGGACUUGGCAGUGCUGGGUUAAUGGUUGGACUUCAUGAUCUUAAAGGUCUUUUCCAACAUAAAUGAUUCUAUGAUUUUAUUUUGGGUGGAAAGAGAGAUACCAGUCUGACUAUGCACUGUAGCUGGGUUCCUGAUUUUGCCAGUCUUUUUCUACCCAGAUGUAUCUGUAAAUGCUCUUGCUCCCCUUUGUACCCUACAGUGACCCUGGCAUCUUUUCUCACUCCACCACGCUUGUUGCAUCGCUUGGUGCUCCCACCGGGAUGAAACCCUUCACCACUUCAUCCCGCAGGGCUCUUGGUUUGACACAGUGGAGCCCAGCACCCUGACACUAUAUGGUGUUACCCCAGCCGCACACCGAGGAGCUAUGGGGGGCACUGGGGAAUGAGGAGGCUGGGCAGGCCUUCCCUGACCCAUGCCAGCCCCCAUGAGCUGAGUGGAGUAGCCCUGGGGCACGGUGGGCUCAGCCAGGAGUCCCCCACAAGUCUCAGCCACGGCGGCAAGGCAUCUCUGGGGUCAGUCUGUGGGACAGGGUCUAGAUCAUGCGAUACAGACCCCGAUAUUGCAACCAGGCAGUCAUUUGAGAUCCUUGCAGAGUCUUAUAUUUAAAUAAGCAUUCCAAAGACUAGCAACAGCUUUUCAUAAAUUUAAGAAAAUUAAUCUUCCUGGGGCUUGUUGGGUAACGUCAGGUGUCCUUGAGUGGGCAAGGGGUGUGGGGUGAGGAGCAGGUACCCACCAGAGGGCCCUGCCACCCCACACCUUGGUGGCCUUGCCACAGAGGUGCUGUUCGCACCUGUGGAACCCUCUGGAAGGCUUUGAGAAAGCUGCAGGUCAGCAAUGACGCUUCCCCUUCAGCUCUGUAUUUGUCCGAGCAGCUCAGCUCUACGUUCAUUUGAGCAGGCAGUCAUGAUUUCAAUAUUAGAAAUCUCUGCUCUCAAUCAGGUAGCUAAAUUCUGUGUGUGAAUGUUGUACGGAGCAUGAAUAUCAUUGAAUUUUACAGGAACACAUUCAGGGGGUUACAUGUGAUCCUGAUAUGCACUGGUUGAUCCAAAUGCAAAUAGCAUAUUAUCAUGAAGUGUGCACAAGUGAAUAAAAUCAAAUACGUUAUCUCUUGGUGUUUCAUAUGUACAGUAUUAGUAUCAGAGGAAGCCUUAAUAAGCAAGAAACUUUAACUUGGGUGCAUGUUGUGUAAAAAAGCAUUUAAAAUGUGUUAACUAUGGUACCUGGUGUACCCUUUGGAAAGGCCACUAUGUUUCCCCCUUAGGAUGCAAUUGUGUGAAUGGCUUCAUACAAACUGACCUGCAUCUGCUUCCAUACAAUCAGUAGCAUGGGGGCAGAACAAAAAAGCAUGGCUCCAAAUGGGAGUCCUUUGUCCACCUUUCUGCUGCAGGCUGCCUUAUUCGAAGUAUUCCCAGAGGACCACCCUUGACCAUAACUCUCCACAGCACAUAGGAAGCGACACUCUGAAUUGUUAUUAUCUACUGUUCUUGGCAAAUGUGCUAAACUUGAAAGAGUGAAGGGGUAAAAGCAUAAGGGACAGUGCAGAGCAGUGUUGUAUAUGGCCUUUGGACUGAAAGACACUGUAUAUUUUGACAGUUUGCAAGUUUGCGUAGUCUGUAGAUCUGGGGUGUUUUCUUAAUUUGUUCUUGAUGAAAGCUGUGCAAGCUUUAAUUUUCCAUUGUGCUUGAAAGGAAGGAAAUGUGUAUCUGUAGCUGCUCUGAAACACAGUAACUAGGAACUGAUUUAUGUAAACUUUCAGCAACUUUUUUUUUUUGUUUGUUUUUGGUUAUACUUAAAGGUGCCUUAACACCAAGUGUAUUUGAUGGGAAUUAAUGGCCAUUAGUUAUUCUAAAUUACCUUAAUUCUACAUUCAAGCUUAACAUAUUUAAUUUAGAUGGACCAAGUGUUACUUAAAAGACUACUUUGACAAUUCUCCUUUGAUAUAAGAUUUUGUGUAUUUUCUUGUGACUUAUGUUUCCAGCCUCUUUUAGAGGAAGAGCUAUAGGUGCACCUCCCAAAAAAACCUGUCAUGGCUUUCCAAGAAAAACAAAAGCGAGGGCUAAAACCUGUUAGCAGAGACCAAUGGAAUUAUGGAUUUGACCUCCAUGAAACAGCAGUAAAAAGACUCUGGAUCUUUUCCAAUGUUAAUCUGGGAAAACACCUUGGACUCAGUAUUAGGGAGCAUAUUUAAAAAGCAUUUAAAACCAGCAGUCUACCUGACCCACAUAGGAAUGCUCUGAACUUCUAUUAUGUCACCUUCAGUGAAUUGCAGCCCUGUCUGUCUUGUGGAAAGUCUUGAAUGACAUGCUCUGUGUGUUGCUUCAGCCAGGGUUAACUAACCAUUGGGGCUGAAACAGGAGGAGGUAUCUAGCAGCAUAUGAAGGCCACUUCAUGGGACGGAUGAUGUUAUUGAUGCUGGGAUGUGGCAUGCCAUCCUGCACAGAAAGUACUAUAAAAGGACUUUAAAAAAACAGUUUAUUCCUUGGUGUGUGCACCACAGUAAAUGAACUCAAUGGAUCUGUGCCCUGCCCCAUGGGGAAACUGAAGCCUGUGGGAGUACCUGGCUCUUGACUCUCACUGCUGUGGUAGCCCUUUGCUGCGAAGUCAUCCCUACGUUGUCCUAGCAAAGUCUUAAAGUGCCUCUUCCUGACAGGGUCAGGAAACUCCCUUGUUCAGAGCCUAUUAAUGUUUGAUUUUUUAGACACAGAGCACCUCUAAAGUAAAAACCUGACUGAGUUUUAAGCAAAUGCAACUGCCUGUUUGUGUGGAGGUAAUUUCUGUGCUUGUGGUCAUUCUCCUGCUUUGUUUCAUCAAUUGAAAUUGCUAGAUGAGACUUCAGAGGUAUAUCGCCAUCAGCUGUCUUGUAGCUUCAGAUAAGACUUCAGCAGAUGUGAUAGGAAGAAACGGAGCUUUUGCUCUAGGUCUAGAGGUGCUUGCACUGCCCUGGAUGAGCCUGUGGUUUCCCAGGUGCUUUGAAUGUUGUUGCUAAAACAGCUGUUGUGAUCUGCUGCACCUGUUUACUGCCUCAGAUAUUCCUCUCCUGUUCAGCUGCUGAGUAUCUUUAAAGAAAUCAAACUGGGACAUUGCUAUUUCCUUGCUGUUUGUAAGGGAGAAGUGUUGAGGGAGCAGUAGCACUCUCUUAACUACUCUCCCUCAGAUUUCUGCUUCAACGGAGGUGUUCUGUGGAAGGUAAAACAUCAGAAAAGCUUCAUAUUUAUGUUGUAAGUGAAAUUUUCUGACUCGGGUACCGGAGGGCAUCCCUCUUCUGUUGGAGUCUUCUCCUGAGGUUGGUUUAGCUGCAACACAAAGCCUUGCUUUGUGCAGAAGGAUGUACAGAUCACGACGGCUAUCUUGGGAGAGUAGGCUCUGAUGGAAGCAAGAACGCACAGGAUGCCCAACUGCCUGACAAAACUGACCAGGGUGGUGCUGAGCCACAAGAUCAGGGCUCUGUUUAUCCUUCUCUUUAAGUUCAUGUCCUUUGCCUCCAUCAUGUUUUACUGGAGAAUCACGGAGGACCCUAAGGGCACAGGCCAGGUCUACAGCUUGCCUGUUGAAAUCCACUGUGCUCACUCUGUGCCUUCUCCACCCCAUGCCAUUGCUGAUGGGCCCCCUCCUUCUCCAGGGGAUGUGUUUUUUGUGGAGACCUCGGAGCGAACUAGCCCAAGUUACCUGUUCACGUGCUCUGUGGAGUCAGCGGCGCGGACACACCCUGGGACGAGGGUCGUGGUGCUCAUGAAAGGCUUGGCAAAUGGUAACGCCUCGUUACCCAACCACUGGGGUUUCUCCUUGCUGAGCUGCUUCCCUAACGUGGAAAUCCGGCCCCUGGACUUGACAGAGCUUUUCUCUGGAACACCUCUGGCAGAGUGGUACUUGCAGGCUCAGCAGCGCUGGGAGCCAUAUUUCUUACCAGUCCUGUCUGAUGCCUGUAGAAUUGCCAUCAUGUGGAAAUUUGGUGGCAUCUACUUGGACACAGACUUCAUUGUGCUUAAGAACUUAAAGAACCUCACCAAUGUGCUUGGUAUCCAGUCCAAGUAUGUACUGAACGGGGCCUUUCUGUCCUUUAAGCCCAAGCAUGAGUUCAUUGAGCUUUGCAUGAAGGACUUUGUGGAGAACUACAACAGCUGGAUCUGGGGUCACCAGGGCCCACAGCUCCUAACGCGUGUCUUCAAGAAGUGGUGCUCCAUUAGGAGUCUUCGGAGCAGUACAAGCUGCAAAGGAGUGAGUGCUCUGCCCCGUGAGGCUUUCUACCCCAUUCGGUGGCAGGACUGGAAGAAAUACUUCGAAGUGGUCAACUCCUCGGAGCUUCACCAUCUCUUUAAUAACACCUACGCAGUGCAUGUAUGGAACAAGAAGAGCCACGGGACAAGGCUAGAGAUCACAUCUCAGGUUUUGCUGGCUCAGCUGCAUUCUCACUUCUGCCCUGCCACAUAUGAUAUCAUGAAGAAAGAGUCUGAACAGCAGUGACUCAAGGGUCAGCUAAGAGAAGUCGCCUGCGAGCCCACAACUCUCCAGCUGCUCCAUCACAAAUGAACCUUCUUUUGAAGCGAUGUGGUGAGAGCAGAGGAUAAAAACCAUUUGCGUGGUGUAGGUGGAGCCUAUAGCUUCAGCCAAUGUCUCUGCAGCUCUUUGUCGACUUUAACUGCCUACCAGCAAUAUUUUGUUUCUCUGCAGGACCUUUCUUCUGCUCUGCUUGGUGAGGUAGAGAAAUCUCAGCAGGAGAGUAAGUGAUGGGCCACCUGUGGCAGCCUCCAUCAGCCUUUCAGAGGAGUAAGGCACCCUUUGAAGUCUGUAAACCUGUAAGAGGACUUUGUAGAAAUGCAUAUUUCAUUGCUUGUUUCUCAGGACUUCUGAAGUGCAAUCCUCAAAGCAAUGAAAGGAUGAGAGAGCAAAGAAGAGGAACUGAGGAGGAAGUUAAGGAUGUGCUAGAGGAGGUGUCCUGAGGAAAACAUAGAGGAAAACAGAGAAGAAAGGGCUACUUCCCACCCUCCAUGCCCAUUCCCUUCUCUUCUGAAGCCUUUGGUGGAGAAGACUUCCUCAUGUCUGGUUUGAGAAGGGAGCAGGACACUGCAGUCUCUGUUUGAUGUCACAGAGCUAAAGAUGUGAAAAUUUAGUGUGCAUCAGAACAUGAGGAUCUAAGGCCAGCUCAUCAUUUAGAAGGAGCUCUUCUGCAGCAAUGAUUUAUUUUACAGUAGUGGCAAAUUAACAUCCUGCGAUGAACAGGAGACCUCAUCCAAAUCACACCUUAAAUUGCACAGGAUGAGCUGAACUACCUUUUACACUGAGUUUUGCUCUGUGACCUAAUGUCCAUAACUGCCUCUAUGACGCAUGAGAUCUUUCAGCACUUGCAUGGAUCCUAAAGGAAAGGCGUAUUUCCAAGGUUACAAAGAGCUUGGUAGGGAAUCUGUACCAUCUAAAUUCAAGUCCAUUUAUGAGUUAUUUAUGGUGGACCUCUUCAAGUAGCCUGGAGUACUCCUGCAAUUCACUGUCCAGGAGUACAAAUCUCUCCUGAGAGGUCUUGAAGAGGACAGAGGAAAGCUUUACUCUUUUCCCUGAGCAUCUUCCUGAACCGCAGUGGAGACAGUUAACAUCUCUUGCAAGGUGCUGUUGUACCUUUGAAGGUUCCCACCACAGGGGCAAGUUUGUUGGACAAACUGUGAGAGAAAACUCAUCCCUUGCCUUGAUGGCCAAAAGGACAUAUUUAUGCUUUUACAGUUCUCAUCGGAAAAGAGCGAAGAAAGAGCAUUGAGAAACAAGAAUAAGGUCAAGGCUAUCAACAUUGUUACAUCUGGUCCCCACCACACUCUAAAGGUGUGGCACAUGAGCUUGGCACUACAAUAGGGGUAAUACAGAUGAGCAGAGCAUGGGCCAUUCUCUCUCCUACACUAGCAAGAAAGAGAUCAUGGUCUCACUGUAAAAUAUUUUCUGUCUCCAGUGUGCUUCCUCUUCUUAUGCCUAGGAACGGCAGUGGGGUAGUCCAGUGGUCCCUUUGAUGACCAUGAGCUGGUUGUAUCUUUGAUGUCACCAGGUCCCAAAGUGACAGCUCUUUCAUGUGGUGCCUCCCACUAGUUCUCUGUUGUCUGCAACUAGAUCUGCAGUUGUCUGAGGCCUCUUCUGUUUCCCAGGUUGACCAUAAGCAAUGUGACGUUUGCUCAGUUCAGCCAAGGCAAUGGUCAAAAACAUAAAAGUCUGUGCACGCAACAUUUCUUUGUCUCAGGUUUAAUUGUCUCUUCUUUGAUGAUGAAAAUGAGGAAGACAAAUUGCCCGUCAUUUUUACAAAACAGUUCCCUGUCCAUCAGGGAAUAUGGCCAUGGGAGCUUAAGGAGGAUGUGUACCUUUUGUUGUGGUUUAUUUGGGUUUUUUUGUUUUGUUUUGGUGGUUUUCUGUUAUGCUGAGCUGUCUGGUGUUGCUCAGAGGCCAGUGCUGCUUUGAUUAAAAGCUACCUGCCUGUGAGUUGGGCAGGGUGUGAGGUCUGUGCACAAGGAGCUACUCUGGAGUGAAGAAGAUGCUGGAAACACCUCUCCAGUGGCUGGCACCACAUGCGUGCGUGUAUGUAUGUAGUGCUGCCCAUUUGUUCUGCCCAGCUUUAUGGUACAUCCUGGAGGCAUUCAGGAUUUUGAAUGUCUACAGCUUUCCCAACAUUGAACAUCUUUAAGAACAAAGAUUCUGUGGGGAAACAGCAGAUCUUGCUGACUGUGUAAGCAUUCUCCAACACACUAGGUGGUAUAAACAAAUGCUGCUUUCACUUCCCACUCUCACUGUCACUACUCUGUGGGGUUUUUUUCACUGCUUUCUCUAGAAGCAGCUACAAAAUUGUCAGCCCUGGCCUAGUGUGUGGUCAUUGAGGCAUGCUUUCUUUUUCUACUGGUUCCUUCUGUUUUGGGCCAUUUGGGCUAAACAACAGAAAUCUUAGUGUGCUAGAAACCUCUACCAGAGAUGGCAAAAGUGGUUGGUGAUCAUAAAGGCAUAACGGCACUCUGCUGUGGGAAUAUCAUGAAUGGAUUAUGGGAGUGUUUGGGACCCACUGCAAUGAGUAUCUGUGUUGACGUACCACUGCUUAUUCUAAGAAAGUGCCUUUUUGGAUAAGUUGAAUGAGGUUUUUUUGUUGUUUCCCUUUGGUUUUUUCCCCUGUAGAGUCAACGUUCCAAGGUUUGAUAAGGAGAGAAUCAAACCAAAGCAGCCUUUGGCUUUUUUCCCUGUGUCUUGUGAAAUAAAAAUAAAUACAGUUUUUACUAUUACUUCUUUCUGCCAAGAUGUUCCAUUUUGUUCUGCAAGGCGUUUGUGGUAGUCUGAGCAAUCUGUUAGUUAUUAUGCACAAAAACAUUUUAAAGUUGUGUCCUGAAGUGGCUCACUAAAAUUAGGAGUGUGAAAUGAAUAUGAGCCAAGUUGAGCAUAAGCACGUGUGGAAAGAAGGCUCUGCGGACCAUGCCAUCUUCGGGACUUGGGUGGAGGGAACAGAGGAAAACACAAUGUGUGGUGCUGAUUCCUAAUCCAACCAGGUAUCACCCCCUCAUUCAUGACCUGCAAUCUAUCUGAAGUAAGGCAUUUUAGUCUCAGCCUGAAGGACUAGAUGUUAUGGAAUAGGAAACUCCGUGAGAAACUGUGUUGCUUUUUCCCUAGGUGAUGGGCUACAGCCUCCCACAGUAGUAACAGUGUCUGUGCUCUUGCAGACGUACAAGUGGAAAGCUUGUGCUGCAGCUAUUUAUUUUCCCACCUGCCUUUCAGAGCCUCAUCAAAGACCCUGGAGUCCAGGGGAGCAUUUUGAGAAGCUGUGAAAGGACUGGUGGGGUCUGGUGUGCGAAGGGGUUUUAUUGUGACUCUGUGAGUCAAAAGCCAGGGAAACAGAUGAGAUGUAAAACAGUGGCCAGUGCUUUCUUCAUUGCUGAUAUGCAGUCAAGGAUGAUGGAAAGUGGUGAAAAGGCACUAGCUGUUUCUUGCCCUGUCUCCUUUGUCUUUGAGCUCAUGAAGGUUAGGUGGUACACAGGUGUGCAGUACAUGAAGGAGAGAAGCCAGGAAUGGGUGUUGGAGGUGCAGAAUUGGACAGUGCAACAGAAGAGUAGUAAGGAAGGAGGAAGGAUCAGCAGGGUAAUCCUUGACCUGGUCUCCUGGCAAAAGACUGAAUGAUGACUGCUUCAUCUGUGCUGGCUGAGAGCUCUUCUACACCAGGAGCUCUUGUGCUGGGGGAAUCUAGGAUGCGCAGUAAGUCGUACUGCUCUGUAGGGCUCGUCUCCCUCCCAUUCUUCUCCUCCC